UUUUUUCUCCAGUGCCUGUUUGAAAGUCUCCGCCACACUUCGGCUACUUCCUGGAUGGCGGAAUGGAGAGCUUCCAGCGCCGCUGCUCCUCCGACUCUGCCUUCUCUUGUGCUCUGGCGUGAAAGCGUCGCGCGCUCGACUCCGCGCGCUUCACUGGCUUUGGCCGCGCGAGCGAAAUCUCAUCCACUCCAGCUUCCACGCGCGCCGUCAUGUCAUGUUUUGUUUUGUUUUGUUUGUUUGUUUGUUUUUACCUCAGGAGUAACGGCUUGAGUAAACGCUCAGAGGGGCUUUAAGAAAAGAGAAAAGAAGAAGAAGGAAAAACUGUUUCCUGGACGAACUUGACAGAAAUUUUCCCCGAGUGAUAUCCGAAGCUUCCAUCUGGCUAAAACAAUAAAUAAAAAAAACAGUUACACUUUGUUUUGGACGCGUUUGUUUGUUUGUUUGUUUGUUUGUUUGUUUUUAAACCGGACGUUUUUAGGAUAACUCAAGUCAACAGUUGCUCCGUGGCCGGCUGUCGAUGUGCGCUGUGCCAUGCCGAGGCUUCAGCAACCGGGUCGCUGCUGCUGCUGCUGCUGGAUUCUGGCUUUAACGCUGGCAGCCUGCGCGCUCCUCCGGGCCCACGCGCAUCCCGCGCUGUCCGGAGGCGAUCAGAUGGAAAGGCAUGGCUGGGCGACCGGGGACAGACACCGCAGAGCUGCUGAGGAACCUUACUGGGCAUACUCAGGGGCAUAUGGACCCGAGACGGGAUGGGCGUCGGCCUAUCCGGAGUGCCAAGAGAGGAACCAAUCGCCGAUCAAUAUAGCUGACCAGGAUACCAGGGUCUCCAUGGAGUACCAGGAGCUCAUCCUGGACGGCUUUGAAGCGGAGUCGUCCAACAAGACGUCAAUGAAGAACACCGGCAAAACCGUGGCCAUCCUGCUGAGAGACGACUACUUUGUGCAAGGCGCGGGUCUGCCGGGUCGCUUUAAAGCAGAGAAGGUGGAGUUCCAUUGGGGCCAGAGCAAUGGUUCAGAUGGCUCCGAGCACAGCAUCAACGGCAGGAGAUUCCCCGUCGAGAUGCAGAUCUACAUGUACAACUCGGACGAUUUUGACAGUCUUAACGCAGCCAUCAGGGAGAAGCGGGUCAUCGCCGCUAUGGCUGUCUUCUUUCAGGUUGGGCAGAAGGACAAUCCUGCGGUAGACCCUAUAAUCCACGGUCUGAGAGGAGUCGUGCAUCACGAGAAAGAGACAUUUCUGGAGCCUUUUGUCCUGAGGGACCUGUUGCCGUCCUCAAUUGGGAGUUACUACCGGUACGUUGGCUCGCUCACUACUCCACCCUGCAGUAAAGUAGUGGAGUGGAUCGUCUUCAGCCGGCCUGUCUUCCUGUCCUACAGACAGUUGGAGGCGUUCUACUCUAUCUUCACCACCGAGCAGCAGGACCAUGUGAAGUCAGUGGAGUACCUGCGCAAUAACGUCCGCCCACUGCAGAGUCUGGACAACCGGGAAGUGUACAAAUCCGCCGUCAAAGACGCCUGGCUGCCCUAUCUGACCGACCCCUACGGAACCGAGUCCUCCAAAGCCUGCAGCAGUGCUCCCAUCAACAUGCAAGUUCAGCCUCUGAAUAAAACAGCCCUGGUGGUGCGAUGGUCUCGGCCCGAGAUCACCUACGACCCGCCCAUCAUCAGCUACCUCAUCUCCUACAGCUGGACCCGAAACGACGAGGAGUACGAGGAGACGUACGUCAAAGGCAGCGACCAAAAACUGGAAGCCGUUAUCAAGCCAGUUUCACCAGACGUGCUGUAUCUCUUCCGAGUCCAGGCAGUGUGCUUGAACGACAAACGCAGCGACUUCAGUCAGAGCAUGCUGUUCAGAGCAAAUACCACCAGAAUAUUCGAAGGGACGAGGAUCGUGAAAACAGGAAUGCCCACGGUGUCUCCCGCGUCUUCGGCUGACAUGGCUCCCAUUAGCUCCGGCUCAUCCACCUGGACCUCCUCGGGCCUGCCCUUUUCCUUCGUCUCCAUGGCGACUGGCAUCGGCCCCUCCUCCAGCGGUAGCCAGGCGACGGUGGCAUCCGUGGUAACCAGCACACUCCUGGCAGGGCUGGGCUUCAGCGGCGGCGUCAUCUCCUCCUUCCCCAGCUCGGCUUGGCCCAGUCUCCGCCCCCCAACUCAGACCCCACCCACCACAGCCGAACAGACUCCUCCCACCACCACCCCCGAAAACGGCCAGAACCAAGGCUCGGACGACAACGCCGGAGGAGAAAAGACCGUCAAGGCUGAAGGUGAGGAGGGUGAGAGGGACGGCGAGGAAGAGGAAGAAAAGGACGAAGAAGAAGAUAAAGGAGCGGAGGGCAAAACCGUGAAGAACGCCCCAGAUGAUGUUCAGACGCAGGUGAACAGUUCAGCAGACCAAGAGCCUCCCACAACAACGCCCGAAUCCACCGCCAAGGAGAAAGGAGGGAGAGAGAAGGAAGAGGAGGACAGGACAACGCCAGCCAGUGUACCACAGGACACAGAGACAGAGAGGACAGAAGACGAGGAGGAAUCCAACGUGACUCCCAGCACAGAGCCUGGGAUUGUGGGGAAUGACAGUGUGGUGCUCCGGGCCCCAGAAGCCCCUCCAAAGGGUGGGAAAGGCAGCAUGGGGGACAGAAGUCAGUGGCCCUUCUCCUUUCAUACAGAGCGGACUAUAGUCUCCAAUAUGCGACCAGUUCCCGGUGCAGGCAGGAUGGAGUGGAUCAUUCCUCUAGUAGUGGUGUCUGCUCUCACCUUCCUCUGCCUCAUCCUCCUCCUCGCUGUCCUUGUCUACUGGAGCUCUGACUCGCACGGCAGCUCGUCUCCAGGUCACAGCUCCCUGCUCCGAGCACACACACACACCCCCAUCUGCUCACGCUCACUCUCAGCUGGAGACCAGAACCCUCAGUCCAUGCACUGGGACGUGUGUGUGUGGAUGCAUGAGAGGUGUUUCCAGACUGCUCAUUUCUAUGUGGAGGACAGCAGCUCUCCGCGAGUGGUGCCCAAUGAGAGUAUUCCAGUCAUCCCCAUCCCAGACGACAUGGAGGCGAUCCCCGUCAAACAGUUUAUCAAGCACAUAUCAGAUCUGUACGCCAACAACCAGCAUGGAUUCUCUGAAGAUUUUGAGGAAGUGCAGCGUUGCACAGCCGAUAUGAAGAUCACAUCGGAACAUUCAAAUCAUCCUGACAACAAGCACAAAAACAGAUACAUCAACAUCGUAGCAUAUGAUCACAGUCGAGUGAAGCUGAGGCCAUUAGCCGGCAAGGACUCCAAACACAGUGACUACAUCAAUGCUAACUAUGUGGACGGUUACAACAAGCCCAAGGCCUACAUUGCUGCUCAGGGUCCCCUGAAGUCCACCUUCGAGGACUUCUGGAGAAUGGUAUGGGAGCAGAACACAGGCAUCAUUGUCAUGAUCACCAACCUGGUGGAGAAAGGACGGAGAAAGUGUGAUCAGUACUGGCCGACGGAGAACAGCGAGGAGUACGGUAACAUUGUGGUGACGCUGAAGAGCAGCAAGGUGCAUGCCUGCUACACACUCCGCCGCUUCACCAUCCGCAACACCAAAGUCAAGAAGGGACAGAAGGGCAGUGUAAAGAGUCGUCAGAGUGAGAGAACAGUAAUCCAGUAUCACUACACGCAAUGGCCUGACAUGGGUGUUCCUGAGUACACGCUGCCUGUGCUCACCUUCGUCAGGAAAUCUUCUGCAGCACAGACGCCCGAGAUGGGCCCCGUGCUCGUUCACUGCAGUGCUGGCGUAGGCAGAACAGGAACCUAUAUCGUGAUUGACAGCAUGCUGCAGCAGAUUAAGGAUAACAGCUCUGUCAAUGUGCUGGGUUUCCUUAAACACAUUCGCACACAGAGGAACUACCUGGUUCAAACCGAGGAGCAGUACGUCUUCAUCCAUGAUGCCUUGUUGGAGGCCAUACUGGGGAAGGAGACGGAAGUUUUGUCCAGCCAGCUGCACAGUUACGUCAACAGCAUCCUGACCCCUGGCCGGAGCGGCAAAACCCGGCUUGAGAAACAGUUCAAGCUGGUGACUCAGUGUAAUGCCAGGUUUGCAGAGUGUUUCAGCGCACAGAAAGACUGCAACAAGGAAAAGAACCGCAACUCCUCUGUCGUUCCAUCGGAGAGAGCGCGUGUCGGCCUGGCUCCACUUCCUGGAAUGAAAGGCACCGAUUACAUCAAUGCCUCUUACAUCAUGGGGUACUACCGCAGCAACGAGUUCAUCAUUACCCAGCAUCCUCUGCCUCACACCACUAAAGACUUCUGGAGGAUGAUCUGGGACCAUAACGCGCAAAUCAUCGUCAUGCUUCCCGACAACCAGGGGCUGGCUGAGGAUGAGUUUGUUUAUUGGCCGAGUCGAGAGGAAGCCAUGAAUUGUGAAGCUUUUACCGUCACGCUCAUUAGCAAAGACAGACUCUGCUUGUCCAAUGAGGAGCAGAUCAUCAUUCACGACUUUAUCCUCGAGGCUACACAGGACGACUACGUGCUGGAGGUGCGUCAUUUUCAGUGCCCGAAAUGGCCCAACCCGGAUGCGCCCAUCAGCAGCACGUUUGAGCUCGUCAACAUCAUCAAGGAAGAGGCCAUGACCAGAGACGGACCCACCAUAGUGCACGACGAGUAUGGAGCGGUAUCGGCGGGUAUGUUCUGUGCCCUCACCACUCUGAGUCAGCAGCUGGAGAAGGAGAACGCUAUCGGCGUCUAUCAGGUGGCCAAGAUGAUCAACCUCAUGAGACCUGGUGUCUUCACCGACAUUGAGCAGUACCAGUACCUUUACAAGGCUAUGCUCAGUCUGGUGAGCACUAAAGAGAACGGAGCCGGUCCUGUGUCCAUAGAGCGGAACAACAGCAUGGCCCUGUCUGACGAAUCGGACCCUGCCGAGAGCAUGGAGUCUCUCGUCUGAAGCUCACACGCACACACACACACACGCGCACACACACACACACACACACACACACACGCAAACGCCAGGAGGCGCUUAACUUACUUUGUAAAACUUCAAGGACUAAGACAGACUUUUUUUCUGAGGCCUUUUUUGCCAGAACUCUUGGUUAAACGAAUAACCCGAUUACUUUUUUACACUGAUAAAAAGUUUUUUGAUAUUUAUUUUUUUUUCCUCGCCAUUUUAUGUCUUAAUGUUAUCCUACUGAACAUUUGCACCUCUGUUUUUGAGUUCAUGACAACAAACGAAACACACUUCUGUCUAGUUUGCACUAUGAAAAUAUCAGUGUUACUGCCUACUUCAGUCCUACGCUCUCUACUUUUUUAUUUGUUUUAUUAUUAUUUCCACCACGAUCAGGUUUCGACAUUCCAUCAUGAAGCUACACGCAACAGCUUGGAAAUGACUGUGACGAGAUUAAAACAUUCAGGACUCCCACUCUGAACAAACGAAAACAUCGGCGAGCAACAUCGGAUUUCUGCGCUUCAUUUCAACACCAUAAAGGAUUCCUUUUUUCAUUUUUUUUUAAUUUUUUUUUUUUACAUUAUGCAUCUAUUAACCUGUUCGACUCAUUAUCUUUCUGCAGGUGGUAUUAAAACAGCUACUGUGAACUAUCUUCUUUUUAUUUUUUAUUUUUGAAUGAUUCAUAUUAUGCUUUUAAUAUAUAUAUGAAUAUAUCGUAUCUCAUUAUAACUUGUGGUUUUGUAAAAAUGUUAACCGUCAUAAGCAACUGGUUCCUUGCCGGCUUGGUUCAAUGGUUUUUGCCUCACGCUUCUCGAUAGCAGUCCAUGUCCUCUCUAGCACCCCCUGCUGGUUGUCUUUUCUUUACUCUGCAGGCUGCUGAUUCGGCUUGAAUGGGGAAAUCCUAGUCAUUCUCGCUUUAAUGUUGGUUAUUUAGUCUAUUGUUUACUCUCCGUUCCUGUUUUCUGCAUCGGUCAGGUCUCGAUGCCUUUUGUAAAGUCUGAUCUCAUCUCUGCAGGUGUGUGAUGUAAGAGUGUGUCAUGUGUGGUGCUGAGUCAAUUUACUCGACAUAUAUACAUAUAUAUAUAUAUAAUAUUCCAGAAGGAAAUGCAGACUGUACACAGUUCCUGUUGCUCAAGUCCUGCCUCUGUGUCUCAAAGUCCUUUCUGAUCACUUACGUCAUGAACAUCAUGAAAAUCAAGAGCAGGAGUGUGUGUGGACGGUGUGUAUCAUGUCACACAGCAGCACAAUGAUGGCCUUGUUAACACACCAGUUACCCAACAGCUGCACGAGGAACAUUUGAUUUGUCACGUUUUACCAAAGACUUCAACUCAACAUCUCAUUUCCAUAGUAGCACAUUUGCAGUCUGUUUGUGUGUGAGAGUGUGUGAGUGUGUGUAUGUAUGAAUUUCAUGAGGCUGAGGUCCCAACUUGGUUCAUUUAGCACUUUUCCAAUUUUAUGAGAAAGAUCACCAGAGACACGGUGAAUUUUUUUGUGAAGAUGUUGAAAUAUUUGUGCUUUUGCGAUGGCAAGCUCAAGACUUUGAUACCACAUCCUUAAAAGGCGAUUUUGUGUCCUUUACAACAAAAAGAAAGAACUGCAUUCUUGAUGGCAUCUUGAUUUUGCGUUGUAAUUUUAUUCCACCCUUUUUUCUGAUGUCCAUCUUCUUUACUCAAGUGUCGAGCCUUUGCUUAUAUGCUGCAAUUUAAACAAGGAUAUUUGCAUUUUUAUCCUCUUUUUUUUUUCUUUUCUUUGAAUGUAUAUAUUUUUGCUUGUCUGUCCAUCGGUUUUCUUCGCCUUUAAUCCCCUGGUGUAUGUUUAUAGAAUUUUAUUUUCAUAUAAAGCCGUCUCAGAAUCUCAGCUCUCUGGAUGUUUUGUGCGAAAACAAAAAGUGUAAAAAAAAAAAAAAAAAAAAAAAUUGAAAGAAAAAAAAUUGAAAGAAAAAAAAAAAGAGAGAAUAACCCCAGUGGUUCAUUCACCGAGUGACUGAAGUCUCAUGCCUCAUAUACCACAAGGCAGUGAUUGUGAUAUUCUCUUAUUGUUUUGUUGAUUGUUUUUCUUUAUAUUUCAUUCAAUGUGAUUAUAGUUUGUUUUGUUUUUUUAUUAUUCUGAGGGUGUCAUAGGCAAGCUCCACUGAUUAAGUUUCCCUCAUUCACUUCUGUAAUGCAGGCGGGUGUUGACCAACAUCAUAAACCCUGUUUUUGGCAUCCAGAAUACCACGAAACGAAGGAAAAAAAAAUGUGUUUUUCUUGUUUUGUUGAAAGCUAUAUCAAAGCAUUCUAUUAUAGUGUUAUUUAAUAUGUAAAUUGUAUUGCUAUACAUAAAAUAAAAUAUGGGUUUUGAUGUACUUUAAGCAUA